AUGUCUCUCAACGCUGAAGGUCUGUCGAUAGCUGCUUUUUCAUUCAUAGCGUUUGUGCUCUUGAUCCCACCGUUCUUCUAUCACCACAAACAAAGAAACAUUCCAGCGUGCAGUUUGAUAUUUUGGCUUUGCUACGAAAACCUUGUUGCUUUUAUAAACGCUCUUAUUUGGAGUGGUGAUAAUUUCGAUACGGUUACUACUGCUCCAGGCUACUGCGAUGUCACGGUGAGACUUACCAGUGGAGCCUCUUCUGGAAAGUUGGCUUGUAUUGCUACGGUGAUGUUCAAUUUGUUUAUGAUCAUCAGAGCUGAAAACCAUAGGUUCUUGGAUGCCAAGUCGAAAAGACGCUUGUUCACGAAUAUUGCCAUGUGCUGGGCCACACCAAUCUUUGUCAUGAGCACUUCUAUCAUAGUACAGGCUACUAGAUAUGUUAUUUUCAGGUACCGUGGAUGUCUUGCUGCUUAUGCUUAUUCGUACUUGACGCUUAUUUUGGUGCAAAUCUGGAACCUUGUGUGGUCUGUGGUGGCUCUUGUGUUUGCCUUGUUGACCUUGGUUACCUACCUUAAGAAGCGCAGAGACAUUAAGGAUAUCUUGAGAUGCACAGGCUCGGGUCUUAACCAAAGACGGUUUGCUCGGUUGGUGAUUUUCAGCUUGCUUAUUAUCUUUGUGUUGGUGCCUUUUGCUAUCUACAACUUUGUCAAUGCUGCUGAUACCUUUGGCGUGCUGACGUUCAGCUUGUCGGAUAUUCAUAACGAAUAUUGGGGUACGAUUUAUGCUUUUGACUAUGGAACGUCACAGCUUGCUUCGCCAAUUAUCAAUAUCUGUCUUGCCUUCUGUACGUUCCUUCUUUUUGGUUUGGGUACUGAUGCUCUUGCCAUGUACCGUCGUUUCCUUGUGUUUAUUGGAUUCAAGAGGUUCUCUAAAUCACUUAACAGAGACGAGCCUGUCAUUUCCACUGAGUACACCGAGAGUAAGCAGCUUACCAGGGAGACUGUCCAGACUGAAGCUACCUUGGCCACUAUGCACGAGUUGGAGGACUACAAAGAGCUUGUAUUUGGCGAGCCUGAAAGGCCACUCAACCUGCCAGAUACCUUGGUAAAAGAUAGUAGUAUUGGUGUUACGUAUGCGUUGAAGCCAUCCGAAAGUCUGUCAACAGACAUCGAAGACCAGAUUAGUGGAGACACAGAUAUAAACUUUGAGUUCCAUGUUGUGCCCAAAUAG